UUUCAGAUUCACAAACCCAAAAAUGUGUCAUAUCCCAGUUUUACCCACGUAGACCCCGCAUUCGAAGAAUCGAGUCGGGAACAGAUGUCAGCAACAAAACGAACUUGUCAACACAAAGUAAUCCUGUAGAUUUGGGCUCGCUAUGGUCGCAAAAAUCAAAGACUAUGGCCACUUACAAUAAUUUCCCGGAAGAAGGUCGGCCACCGGACUCGCCGUCGAACCGGAAAUACAAAGACCGGAAGCAUUUCCAGCCGCGAAAUAACUCGUGGAGUCACCCUAACAGCUUAAUCUACCCCAAUGGCCCGGAUAAUAUCGUUAAUAAUAAUUUACUGGGGCUGGACAUCAACAGGAACGGGCACGACAGCAAUAAAAAGAGCCACAGCCUUAAAAACAAACUGUUCUGUAUAAAGAAACCCCUCGAGGAGAACAAGAGGAAGAGCCUGAAUAUACUGAACGUGAACGCGCUGAGUGAUAAUUGUACAAGUGCCUCGAAAAGCGUUUGUGAUAAUAAUCCGUCGUGCUCGACGGGGAAAGACAGGAACAGGAACGCGUUCCACCAGGAUGUCGAGGAGGCCCUCAGCUCCUUGCUAUGGCAACCGUACGAAUACCAGAACAAGCGAAAGCCGCCCUCAAGUUGCAGUUCUUGCGGCAGCAGCGGAACGUUUAGCGACCUUGAUGAUCCACCAAACAAAGGCCCUUUGCGCUCGAACACAACAGACCUAAAUCUUCGCACAGAAAUGGUUAACAACCUGAAGCCGGCGCACCAAUGCCGCUCGGGGAACCAGUCACGUGACCCCCUCUCUUGUUAUGCCACAAGUAGGUUGAACAGUCAGGCCAGUCUAGUGGAGUCGCUCGAGAGUGGUACCGCGACCUGUGUCGGUGAUAGUGCCAGUGACUGUGAUGUGUUUCCACAUAAAAACAGUGAUAUGCAAUUGGAAGUUUCGGGCACCGAGAGUACCAUCAGUACCGCGCCGAACGUGCUGAACAUCCCCACGGGCAACGAUGGGCUGAUCCGGAACCAGAACGUCACCCUCCUGAACGGUACCGUCCGGCCCAACUCCCUCAGCAGCGCCAAUGUCGUCGGCCUGCCGGAGAAUCCGCGACGGGCGUCGGUGCCGUCGACCACGCAACUCAGACCCAACGUCGUCUUCCCGAACCAUCCGCGAAAUGGGUCCGAGCCGAGCCAGAGGUACAACCAGAACGUGGUACCGGUGGUACAUCAAAGGAACAACUCGCAGGUCGAUCAAACCACGAUAACGCACCUGCGGAGCGCCUCGGUACCGAAACAGAUGACUGGUAUCGCUCCGAACCACCAGAGGAUGAACUCGGACGGGAAAAAGGUCGCCCCUCUGAAUGUCAGCAACGUGAAUGUCAACUUCUACCGAGCAGUACCUGUCAACGUCGUGUCUUCGGUACCGACGAUCCAGUGUCUGAACACGCUGGACCAAGGCAACAACGUGUCAAACGUGCAGAUCAUGCCGCUGGGUACCACUCAGCCCCCGUUCUCCAGCGCAGCUGUCACCGGUACCACCCAGGUCACGGUUCACAACACGCCGGCCCCAACACACACCGUCAGCGUGGUACCCAACCGCAACCCUGCCCCCAGGACCUUCACGUCGACCGAGGCCCAAACGGACGAAAUCUCGGUGUGCCCGCCGCCCGCCGUCCCCGACACCGCCGCCACUCGUGAGCAGCGUCGCAAGGAGCGGCGAGAGCGGCGGCACCAGCGGCGGUCCAACGGCGCCAGCCACCGCCACACGGUCGACAGUGGUACCCAGGCCAACACGCUGCCGCAGAACUCGAGUCAAAAUGACCGGCUCCCGGAUCUGCUCAACAGCCACAUGCCGCCCCCGUACUCGCCGCUGCCCAGCAACGUGCCGCCCCCGAACGUCGUGCUGCCCAGCCCGAUGAUGGUACCGCCACCGCAUCAUCCUAUGCAAAGUGUAGUACCUAACAAUGUAGUGCCUAGUGGUUUAGUGGCGUUCCCGCCGCCGCAGGUCGUUGGCGGCCAAGUGCCCCUGGUGCAGGGGAGCGGGCCGGUGGCGGUGCCGGUGCCGCCCCCCUCGGGAUUCAGGUUUCCGUUUCCGGCAGGAGGAUUUCGAAGAGGGCGUUUUUCCGAAGAGCCACCGAAAGGCUGCUGCGGUUUGCUGACAUGGAAACCUGGUUCCUUGCGAUGGUUCAUAGCGGUGAUCGCGUUGGUCGCCGUCUGCUGUGUUCUGGUCGGCACAGCCCUCGGUGCCAUGAGACCCGCUGGCCGGGACCAUCUGACCGUGUCGCUGCUGAUGAUAGGUGUAGGAAUCGUCUUAGUGACAGUCAGCGGCGUAGCCUGGCGACUUACUUCCCACGACUCGUCGACGUGCCGCUCGAUGCUGGGUUUGGGUUCCACCGAGUCCGUCGACGUAUGCACCCGACGUUUCGUCCCUCGACUGCCACCAUCAUACGGCCGACCGCACCACCCCUACGCGGCUAUGAUGUAUCCAGAGUUCCAGUACAGGCCGCCGCCCCCUAGUUAUCAAGCUUCUAUGCAAGAAUAUAGACUGAGACUUCUUCUUCUGGACAGAGGCAAUACCCCCCAGAUCCAGGCUGGUAUCCAGAACGCAGUGUCCCCGCCUCCGACUUACCGCAGCCAUGCAGGCAGCCUUCUGAGAGCGCCUUUAUCCAGUCGGAGGGACGCCGCACAAUCUGAAUAUAGUUGUCCACCGUCGUAUAGGUCCCAAACUAGCACCAAUAGGCCCGGGACUCUUCAAAACUCGGUCCUGCACAGUCGGGAGCAGUCGUUAAGUCUGUCCGAGUCCAACCACGAAGAGUCUGUGGUGAACGUUGUUAAUAUUCUGGGUAGUACUGAAGAAGACAUGGCUUUAGAUAACAUAACUUUAGAUUCAUUAAAAAUGGAACCUGAGAGUGAUAUUAACCCUUUAAAGAUGCUUCUCAAAGGUAGUUCAAGUGAUCUUGAAGGCAGUAAAGACGGGAAUUUGGUUACUAUUGUGCAGACUAGCGAUCAAAGCCCGGUUAUUGUCACAGUUAGCGGGAGUUCUCAAAUUGAAGGGAGUACCAUGCAGAUCACUGAAAUACCUUCCGAGAUGGAAAUCCUAGCGCACUUAUAGUCGAAAUUGUGUUUAAUUAGUAAUUCAUUCCUUGUUAAGGUUAGUGUACAUUUCGCUCCGUUAUGUAUCACAUUGUAUUAUAUUAUUCGCGAUAAUAUGUGCCUAUAUUGUGUAGAUAGCAUAUAAAUAGCACUCUGUAUAUUAUUAUUAUAUUUUAAACUGUAUAAAAAGUAAAUUU